GAAGCGUCAUCGUUUCUGAUGUAGAGCAGCGCGGCGGCCUUUCUUUGCUGCUCUACAGUCCCCCUCGGCUUUAUCCGCCCAUACCCCGGCAUUCAGCUCUUAAUUCCGUUCCACCAUGGCUCUGAAGGCGUCUGUGCUCGCCGCCUUGCUGCUCGUGGUCGCCGCAGUGGGCUCGGGGGUUUCCGCGGACGGUUUGGUGAACGAGGAGGUGAAGAAGACCGUGGACCUGAGCUCCCAUCUGGCGAAGAUGACCGCGGAGAUCGUGCUGUCCAACCAGGGACACACCGGGGUCCAGAGCUUCAUCCUGGCGGUGGAGGCGGACCUGGCCCCGCACCUGGCUUACAUCGGAGCCUCGGUGAAGGGUGAUGAAGAGGAGGAUGGCAUGCUGGAGCUCCAGCAGACAUCAAUUCAGGGCCAACGCGGGGAGUUUUACAGAGUGCAGCUGCCCUCCACUCUGCCAGCCGGGGCUCAGCUGAUGGUGAAGGUGGAAAUGACAUUUAGCCAUGUACUGAAGCCCUUCCCCACACAAAUCACUCAAGCCGAGCGCCAGCUGGUGGUGUUUCAGGGAAACCACUACCUGUACUCGCCAUACCCCACACGCAGCCAGACCACGCGUGUCCGCCUGGCCACCAAAACUGUGGAGACCUACACCAAGCUCGGCAACCCCACCAAGACGGAGGAGUUUAUCGAGUACGGACCCUUCCGUGAUGUGGCCCCGUUCAGUGAGGACGCGAUGAAACUCCAUUUCGAAAACAACUCCCCCUUCCUCACCGUCAGCAGCAUCACUCGCAUCAUUGAGGUGUCUCACUGGGGCAACAUUGCUGUGGAGGAGACAGUGGACAUGAGGCACACAGGAGCCGCCCUGAAGGGCCCGUUCUCACGUUACGAUUACCAGCGUCAGUCAGACAGUGGCAUCUCAUCUGUCAAAUCCUUCAAGACUAUCCUCCCUGCCUCAGCCCAGGAUGUCUACUACAGAGAUGAGAUCGGGAACAUCUCCACCUCCCACCUUCAGGUUCUGGACGACUCAGUGGAGGUGGAGGUCAGGCCUCGCUUCCCCUUGUUUGGAGGCUGGAAGACUCACUACAUCAUUGGCUACAAUCUGCCCAGCUAUGAGUACCUCUACACCCUGGGUGACCAAUAUGCACUGAAGAUGAGACUAGUUGAUCACGUGUACGAUGACCAGGUCAUCGACUCCAUGACGGUGAAAAUCAUCCUUCCAGAGGGAGCCAGAAACAUCCAUGUGGACACACCGUACAAAAUUGAUCGUGCACCAAACCAGCUGCAUUAUACAUAUCUUGAUACCUUUGGCCGACCCGUGUUGGUCGCUAGCAAGAACAACCUGGUGGAGCAGCACAUUCAGGAUGUUGUGGUUCAUUAUAACUUCAACAGGAUCCUGAUGCUGCAGGAGCCUCUGUUGGUUGUUGGAGCCUUUUACAUUCUCUUCUUCACUGUCAUCAUCUAUGUGCGCCUUGACUUUGCCAUCACAAAGGACCCUGCUGCCGAGGUACGCAUGAAGGUGGCCUCCAUCACAGAGCAGGUGCUGACUCUGGUUAACAAGCGUCUGGGUCUGUACAGACACAUGGACGAGGUGGUCAACCGCUACAAGCAGUCCCGCGACACCGGGGCGCUUAAUAGCGGCCGGAAGACGCUGGAGGCCGACCACCGUGCUCUCACCAACGAAAUCAGCUCGCUGCAGGCCCGCCUCAAAGCCGAGGGCUCCGACUUGGCUGAUAAGGUUGGCGAGGUGCAGAAGCUCGACGGCCAGGUGAAGGAGCUGGUGUGUCGCUCCUGCCAGGAGGCGGAGCGGCUGGUUGCGGGUAAGGUCAAGAAGGAGGCGUACAUCGAGAGCGAGAAGACUCUGACCAGCAAGAGACAGGAGCUUGUCAGUCGCAUCGACAGCCUGCUGGAUGCCCUGUAAACUACUCCUGCCACACCAAAUCACAAACGCACACACACACACACACCAACAGGCCCACACACACACAUACCCCCUGCUACACCAUACAACUGUUUGUAUGUUUAAGAAUUAAAAGAAAUGUGACACAAAUGCUUAAACCUUUUUUACUAUCGUUGAACCCAGACGUGGACUUUUUUGCAUCUCAUUGUACAGUAGUGAUGGGUUUAUCCAAACACGUGUGUAUUUGUGCCUUGUGAUAAACCGGAGGUCACUGCAUGCUCUGCUCAGCAGCUACAUCACAACUUCCUUGGUUCUGUUCGUGUCUGCUACGUUUGUCACCGUUUGCUCAGACAUGACCCUUCAUUCGUUUUCAAAUCUGGACUCGUUGAACUUUGUUUUUUCCCCAUUAAAGAAUGUACGGUUACGGGAUUUUUUUUUUUUAAUGAAUAGCUGAGGGGCCCAAGUGUUUUCAGUCUCAUGUCUUUACUCAGAUCUACUGUAUGCUAAGACUGAAUCCUCUCUGGCUCUUUAGAAUGAAGGGGAUCGUCUUGUCCAAUCUUUGCUCUCUUGCACUUACAACCUUUUUCUACUUGCCCCACACUGACGUUUAUAUUUGGGGGAAACAAAUGUUGAAGCUCUGAUUUAAGCGACAUCCCAAAUGCUUGUUUUUGAUCUUCCUCCGUCAUUUUUUCUAUAUCUUGUUUGAUUUUUGUUUUGUAAGUGGUAAUUUGAUUCCCAUGAGAUUAGUGAACAUGAGAUUAGGUUGUAUGUGAGGAAAGACAUGAGAAAUGGGACACAGAUGUUUGUGAAAUGGGCAAUGAAAUGGAAUGCUUUCAAAUUUGAAAUAAAAUGUGGAGAAAAAGUUAUAA